AUGACAUUCCCAUCGAAAUACAGCUUCAUCAAGCCCCAGACGCUGUUGCUGUUGCCUGUACCAAAGAAACAACCGAUCGUCCGGUACCCGUACUUGGUAGCCGGUGGUGCGACAGUGUUGCUGUUGGUCAUCGUCUGGUUAGUUGCUAGUCUCCGUGGCGGUGGCGAAACGGUCGGCGAACGGUUAUCCCUCGAUUUGGCCGAUAUACCACAGUUGGUGCUGGACAAGGAGUCGGAACUAGCACGAGCCCGCAACCGAAACUGCUCAUACUGGGACUGUUUUAAUGUGUACCGGUGCGGUCAGCGCACAACCACGCUGGACGAUGACGACGCGGAUGGGGAGCGUAUAUCGAUCUACGUUUACCCGCUAAAGGAAUACCUCGAUGCAGACAGCAAGCGACCGGCGGCGCAACUAUCGCGCGAGUUCUACCGCAUUGUGCAAACUAUCGUAAACAGCCCGUACUAUACGGCAAAUCCCAACGAAGCGUGCCUCUUUCUGCCGACGCUGGAUACGCUCAAUCAGAACCGCAUCGAUACGACCCUGGUUGGGAAGGCGCUCGCGUCGUUACCGCACUGGGAAAAUGGGGAGAACCAUCUAAUAUUCAACUUCAUCCCUGGUAACAAACCGGACUACAAUACGGUGUUGGACGUAAACACGGAUCGUGCCAUUAUUGUUGGUGCCGGUUUCGAUAGCUGGACGUUUCGUACGGAUUUCGAUGUGUCCGUACCAGUGUACAGUGCGGCACUGGAGGAUUACCGCUGGCCGGAACCACCCUCCGAUCGCACAGUGUUGCUGGUGACCGCCCAGCUCAAUCUAUACCCACGGCAGUUUCGCAUCCUGCAGGAGCUAACCUACGACUACCCGAACGAAAUGUUGCUCCUACAGCGAUGUCCAACCGCAACGGCGAAGGUGGACGAAAUGCUAGACAUUACGCAAGCCGGGGACGAACCGCGCCAUCCACCGGCCGGCAGCUUGGAAGACAUACGGUGUAACUUCCCGCACGGUAACGAGCACGAUUAUCCGGCGGUGCUUGGGACCGGUACGUUCUGUCUGGUGGCACGCGGUGUACGGCUCGGGCAACCGAUAUUGCUCGAAGCGAUGGCGGCCGGUUGCAUACCGGUAGUGAUGGCAGAUAACUACGUACUGCCAUUUGCCGAUCUGCUCGAUUGGGAACUGCUGGCGGUACGGUUGCACGAGACAAACCUGCACACGAUCGUCCCUGUGUUGCGAGCGAUCUCGCCCGAACGCAUCGCGGAAAUGCAAGCGCAGAUACGUUCCGUUUAUCAGCGGUACUUCGCUACCCUGGACCGGAUCGUGUUGACCGUUUUGGAGCAGCUGAACGAUCGCAUCUUUCCGCAUCGGAGCCGUACCUAUCUGCACUGGAACGUUGGACUGGAGACGAGGGUUACGCAGAAUCCACUGUUCCUGCCACUGAUCGCACCGAAGGCUCAAGGUUUCACCGCCGUCAUCCUGACGUACGAUCGGCUCGAGAGUUUAUACAUACUCAUACAAAAGCUCGCAACCGUACCGUCGCUGCAGAAGAUGUUGGUGGUGUGGAACAACCAGCGGAAGGCCCCACCCCAUCCGUCACUAUUUCCCAAGAUUGGCAAACCAUUUAAGAUCAUACAAACCGCUGCGAAUCGGUUAUCGAACCGGUUCUACCCGUACGAAGAGAUUGAAACCGAGGCAAUCCUUACGAUCGAUGACGAUAUCGUUAUGCUCACGGCGGACGAACUCGAUUUCGGGUACGAGGUAUGGCGUGAAUACCCGGACCGUAUCGUUGGCUUUCCGAGCCGCACACACGUCUGGGACAAUGCAACUGGCCGAUGGCGGUACGAAUCCGAAUGGACGAAUCAAAUCUCGAUGGUACUCACCGGGGCCGCCUUCCACCAUAAAUACUGGAGCUAUCUCUACACGCACGCGAUGCCGGGCAACAUUAAGGAGUGGGUCGACGAGCACAUGAACUGUGAGGACAUUGCGAUGAACUUUCUGGUUAGUAACAUUACCAACAAACCACCGAUCAAGGUGGCACCGCGCAAAAAGUUCAAAUGCCCGGAGUGUACCAACAACGAGAUGCUGUCCGCGGAUCUGAACCACAUGACCGAACGGUCCGCCUGUAUCAAUCGGUUUGCGGAAAUUUACGGCACGAUGCCGCUGCGGACGGUUGAGUUCCGGGCCGAUCCGGUGCUGUUUAAGGAUAACUUCCCGGAGAAGCUCAAGCGCUUCAACGACAUCGGCAGUUUGUAG